UUUGAUUUUUUCUUUUGGUAGGCAGCAGGGCGGGAAAAAGACACGCACCGCCGCGUAGAGGGCAAGAUGGAAAAGAAUGGGAUGGUCGUAAUUACCCUGCAUUUAAAAGAUUAAUUUGCUACAUUGCUGCUGACCAAUGAUGCUGACAGUAUAAGCAGUCCUACAGGAUUUCCUGAAUUGAAAAAUGAUACUUUCCUGCAAGCAGCACUUGGAGAAGAGACAAAAUACACUCCUGUUUGGUGCAUGAGGCAGGCAGGAAGAUACCUGCCAGAAUUCCGUGAGACUCGAGCAGCUCAGGAUUUCUUUGCAACCUGUCGAUCACCAGAGAAAUGCUGUGAACUUACGCUGCAACCUCUACGACGCUUUCCUUUUGAUGCUGCCAUCAUCUUCUCUGACAUCUUGGUGGUGCCUCAGGCACUGGGCAUGGAAGUGGUGAUGGUGCCAGGAAAAGGGCCCACAUUUCCAGAACCACUAAAGGAAGUAGAGGACCUCCUGAAGCUUCGGCAGAAGGUCGAUGUGGCAGCAGAACUGGGCUAUGUCUUCCAGGCUAUCACACUGACACGGCAGAGAUUGGAAGGGAAGGUGCCUCUGAUCGGCUUCUCUGGUGCCCCAUGGACUUUGAUGUCCUAUAUGAUUGAAGGUGGUGGCUCCAACACAAUGGCGAAAGCCAAGGCUUGGCUCUACCGACAUCCUGAGGCCAGCUAUCAGCUGCUCACUUUAUUGACUGACGUUAUUGUGGAAUAUCUGGUGAGACAGGUGGCUGCAGGUGCUCAGGCUCUGCAGAUUUUUGAGUCCCACGCAGGACAUCUGGGGCCAGUCCAGUUUGCAGAGUUUGCCCUCCCGUUCAUUCGGUCCAUUGCCAAAGGUGUGAAGAAUAAGCUACAAGAAAAUGCUCUCCCUGCGGUGCCAAUGAUCAUCUUUGCUAAGAAUGCCCACUAUGCACUGGAGGAUUUGGCACAAUCUGGGUACGACGUGGUUAGCCUGGACUGGACCAUGUGUCCUCAAGAGGCUCGCAAGCGGACAGGAAAAAACGUUACCUUACAAGGGAAUUUAGAUCCAUGUGCUCUAUAUGCAUCCAAGGAGAAGAUUGGGGAGCUGGUGAAAAAGAUGUUAGAAGGCUUUGGCUCCCAGCGUUACAUUGCCAACUUGGGCCAUGGCCUCUAUCCUGACAUCGAUCCAGAACACGUAGGGGCUUUUGUGGAUGCUGUGCACAUGCAUUCCUGCAAUCUGAACAAAUGUUCUUAGGAGACUCGGAGAAAACAGUCCUUAAGUGAAAAGAAAAGAAAUGGAUCAUCUGCUCAGCAAAUGUAACUGUUAUUGAGAGGUUACAUCCUGAAAAGGAUUUCGGUGUAAUUAGCUACAAAGGCUGUGGCAGGAACUGGCAAAAGAAGCUGGGGAGUGCAGGCUUUUCACACAUACGUUAUCUUCUUCUCAGUCUCUACUGUAGAAAAUGGAUUCAUUAUGAAACAUAUACUUCCCCAACUGUGUACUUUUUAUCCCCAAAUUGCUCCGACUGAUUACAAAACUAAUCUUGAAUGCCUCCAACAAUUAGUGAACACUUUUUUAUUGUAAUUGAACUUCAUCUGCCCUUCUCCAUAGGAAUUGGCUGUCUUGUCUUGCUUCCUACCCAUCUGUUUCUUGCAGAAACUUUUUUUUAAUUACUUGGAUUGUUUUUAAUAGUCAGAUGUGCCGCAAGAGUGGGGCUGUUGAUGUGGGGAGUAAUUCAAAACAUCUGAGGAGGAGCUAUGCCUCAUGCAUAUGCCUGAAUGGUCUGCUGCUUCUGCAGGUUAAGUAUCUUGUGUCUGAGAAAGGGUUAAUCGGUCCCCUUUUAGCUUAUAUGCAAAUUAUAUUGUUUAUAUCAAAAAAAGGAAGAACUAUAUCCCCUCGCUUCCAGUUACAUGGAACGGUAACCUCUCUGUAGUCCAGGGGUCAGGUCUGGAGCCGCAUGUGGCUCUUUCAUCCUUCUGCUGCGGCUCCCUGUCACUCAAAAUAUGCAUCACAACUGCCAAUGUGCAACCCUUGCCGGCGUGUGAUUUAUUAAGCUUUUCAACCCCCGGUAGGCCAACCGUGGAUAAAUCCAAGAAAAGAAA